AUGAAAUCAGCAAAUAAAAAUAUUUCAGAUGUAUAUUUUAUGAAAUAACGAAAUCCUUUAAGUGAAAUAAAAAAUGAAUCUAUUUACGUAGAUUAUUUUGAUGAGCAUUAAUAAUAAAUUGAAGUACUGGAAAAAAAACUAUUAGAAUAACAAUCAAUUAGUUAAAAAUAAAUUGAAGAAAUAGAUUCAUUAAAAAAAGAUGUUCAAAGUGCAAAAAGAUUAAUUGAUUAAACAUAAAAUCAAUUAGAUUAAUUUUAUUAAGAAAUGAAGUAGAAAGAAGAAUCAUUAUAUAUUUUUGAAAAGUAGUUAAGAGAUAAAGAAAUGGGAUUAAUUAAUAAAGAAUUAUCAUUAGUGAAUCGAUAAACAUAAACAGAAGAAACUUUAACUUCAUAUUGUUAGGAAAAUAUGGAGUCAGAACAAUAAAUUGAUAUUGAUAUUGCUCAAUAAUUAUUCGAAAAAAGAAUUCAUAAAGAAUAUAAAGCACUUUAAGAAAAAUAAAAGGAAUUAAAAGCAAGAGAAAAUGGUAUAAUAUUUAGAGAAAACAAAAUAAAAGAAUUUAUGAGUAAACUAUCAUCUUCUAUGUGA